CGAACAGGGUACGGAAGGCCGAGUUCUAAUGUCAUGGGAACAUGGCAAAAAAUAUGGACUAAGAUAGAUUUUUGAAUUACAAAUAAAAAAUAAAAACCCCAUUUUGUGGACACCUAUCCUCUUCUCUUCUUCCCGUCUUCCGCAAGCAGAGGUUCUGCCACUUCUCUUCCGCAAGCAGGCCAGGGCGCAGCUGUCACUCCUUCACCCGUCGUCUUCCUUCGUUUCUUUCAAGGGCCUUGUGGAGUUGAAUUGCUUAGAAAAAGAGAGCCACUGUGACUAUAAUUAUUCUGAGUUGAUCACAAGUUGGGCAUGGAAGAGACAAAGAGGUCAUCCAUGGAAGAGACAAAGAUAUCUAAAAGUUGGGCGGACGUAGCCGACGAGGCGGAUGCUUCUGAGAUGUCAACUUUGGAUAUGAAAUCCAACGAUGAACCCGCGAUUGAAUCUUUGGUCAUUGAUGAGUCCAAAGAUAUCAAAAGCACCCUUUCUGAUCCAAGCGACGCUAGUAUUCAAGUGGUUCCGUCUGGAGAUACUUUGUAUAAAUCUGCUAAAACAUUUGAAGACUUGAGCUUGUCAGAAGAGUUGUUAAAAGGUUUAUAUUCGGAGAUGAAGUUUGAGAGACCAAGUAAAGUACAGGAAGUCACUCUGCCUAUGAUACUCACUCCUCCACACUUGAAUCUUAUUGCCCAGGCUCACAACGGUUCUGGAAAAACAACAUGUUUUGUGCUAGGGAUGUUGAGCCGGGUUGAUCCUAGACUCGGUGCCCCGCAGGCUCUGUGUAUUUGCCCCACCAGAGAACUUGCCAUCCAGAAUAUGGAAGUUUUGUUAAAGAUGGGAAAGUUUACUGGUAUAACAUCAGAAUUGGCUAUACCACCGAGUAAGGAAAACUAUGUUCCAAUAAAUAAGCGACCGCCUGUUACAGCUCAAGUCAUAAUUGGUACCCCUGGAACAAUAAAUAGGUGGAUCACUGCUAAGAAACUGGGUGCAAGUUGCAUGAAGAUUCUUGUGUUUGAUGAGGCAGACCACAUGUUAGAAGAUGCUGGUUUUAAGGAUGACUCAAUAAGAAUUAUGAAGGCCAUUGUCAAGGGAAAAGCAGACUGCCAGGUGCUCCUUUUUUCUGCAACAUUCAAUGACUCUGUCAAGGGAUUUGUUAAGAAAAUUGUUGAAGAUCUGUUUGUAAAAGGCUACAACCAGAUUUUUGUGAAGAAGGAAGAACUUUCGCUGGAGUCUGUGAAGCAGUUUAAAGUGCACUGCCCCGAUGAACUUUCAAAGGUCAUGGUGGUUAAGGACAAAAUACUUGACCUUGGGGCUAAGGUGGGACAGACAAUCAUAUUUGUUCGUACUAGGGAAGGCGCUAGGAUGUUGUAUAAAGCUCUAGUGGAGUUUGGCUACGAGGUAACGGUAAUUCAAGGCGCUCUAACUCAUGAAGACAGGGACAAAAUUAUUAAGGAGUUCAAGGAUGGGUUGACACAAGUUCUUAUAUCAACGGAUCUUCUUGCCCGGGGAUUUGACCAAUCACAGGUCAAUUUGGUCGUGAAUUAUGAUCUCCCAGUGCAGUACGAGCGUCCUUCCGAACCCAAUUGUGAAGUAUACUUGCAUAGGAUCGGUAGAGCAGGCCGUUUUGGGCGAAAAGGUGCUGUGUUCAACUUGCUUUGUAACGAUCGCGACACAAUGCUGAUGUCAAAGAUUGAGAAUCACUUCAACAGUCCAGUGGCUGAGGUCCCCUCCUGGGAAAGCGACGAAGACUUCAAGGUUGCUUUGAAGACUGCUGGUCUGAUCUAAGCAACAUUGGAAAUGCAAUCUUUUGUGGGUGUGUGUUGAAUUACACUUUUGACCAGACCUAAAGAUUAAAUUUGUGUUUUGCAUAUGAGCUUGUUUGUGUUCCGGUCUCAUGCAUUUGAUUCAGUUGUGUUUUACAGUAUACUUUAGCUGAUUUAUUUCAAGUAUUGGUUUAAGAGUGUUCUAGUUUUCUUUACAUGUACCAAAUGUUGGGUUGUAUUUUGGGAUUCCCCAUUUGUCAAAAAGAUGUAAAGUGGUAGGGGUAUAACUGUAUAAGAAUACAUAGGGAGGAUUAAAUAACACGAUUUUAAAUUGAUAGUUAAAAAUGACAACAAAAAUUGAGUGCCUGCUCAUUAUUUAUUUUCAAGUGCAUUUUUUGUUGUGAUUUUUACAAGUUUGUGCUUGUCCAAGCUCCUUUGGAUUCUUCUCAGCUGACACUUCCCAACCCUAGAAAUCAUACCAGGUUACUUUUGAGGGAUGUUUUAUUGAAAUUGGGGAUGACUGGGGGAAUAAAGUAGUUUGACCGGU